CAUACCGGCACGCGCCAAUCAAACGCUAGAGCGAAAUUUUCGUCACGGCUGACCCGGCACGUGCGGAUUACCCAGCAGCCAAUCAAGAUCCGCGGCGAAAUCCGUCGUCAGGGGCUCAUCGGCACGUGCAGACAAUUUUAGCCAAUCAAAAUCCGAGACUGAAGUCCAUCGCUGAGAGCAGAACGGCACGCGCACACUUCGGCAGCCAAUCAUAUUCCAGAGCGAAACAUGUCGUCACGGCUGAACAGCAACACCAAAGCAAUCAAGCAAGAAGAAGAAGAGGAAUAGAGCCGGUGCGAUUGGGUGGAUUUAUUCAACCGAUUUUUUUUUCUUUCUUACCUCAGAAACGCCCUAUUCCAAGUGAUCUCUUUAUUUAAUAGGCUAAUGCUCUCAUUUGGUUUAACGAUAAUCCGUCAUGGUGAGACACAGCACAACAAGGAUGGACUGCUUCAAGGUCAGGGAAUAGAUUCCCCUCUGUCUGAAAUUGGUGUGCACCAAGCCGAAGCUGCCGGCCGGUACCUGCAAGAUGUUCACUUUACUAAUGUUUUUGCCAGCGAUAUGAAACGUGCCAUGCAGACUGCUGAAAUUAUUGUGAGGAAAAAUAAGACAUGCAGCAAAAUAGAUAUUGUGACAGCUCCAUCUCUUAAAGAGAGGAGCUUUGGUAUUGCUGAGGGAGGCCAAGUGGAAGACAUGAAGAACAUGGCUAAAGCAGCAGGCCAGCUAAUCCCAGAGUACACUCCUCCGAAUGGAGAGACAAUGGAUCAGGUGAAGGUCCGGAUCAGCACGUUCCUUACAUCUUUGUUCCAGCAGAUGGCGGAUGAGCAUCAAGACAAAAUGUGUCAAGGUGAUUCAUUUCAGCCAGAAGGGCCUCUUGUAGGUCGCCCGGAUGAUGGAGUCCAGAAUGUGUUUCCUCAUGCUCUUGUGGUGAGCCAUGGUGCCUACAUGCGGGUAGCAAUGCGCUAUUUCGUAGAGGACUUGGCGUGCACUGUGCCUCCUGGGGCCAACAUGGCUCAGGUGUUCUCUGCCUGCCCGAACACAGGAAUGUGCCGAUUCAUUGUGACUUUAAAAUGUUAUGAUACAGGCGUUCAGCUUUCAGGCAUGAGGUGUGUAUUUGUGAACCGUAGAGACCACAUGAGGGUUGAGAACAACUGAAGUGAAGUAAUGUGUAAUUAAGUCUGAAAAUGCACUUUGGACCACUGUUGUAUUCAGACCUACCAUGUUUCAUUUUAAUUUUGUUUACAUUUCAUUUUGUGAAUAAAUUGGAGUGAGAGCUUAUGAAACAACUGGGAUAUAUUUGGAAAAGGACAGAAAAGAACUGUUUUAAUAGGUGGAAUUCUACUUUCUGAACCAUUUGUGAAAUGUAUUAACUGCCACAGAAAUGUGUAUUUUAUGCCAGAUUAUAUACGUUAAUGCAAUUCAACUUCAGUGCGGCAAUGAUAAAUUUUGGUUCACCGUGAACAGAAGAAAAAGCAGCGCCACAGCCCCUGAUAGUAAGUGCAUGAAGGAAGUCAUAAAGCUAAUGAUGCACAGCUUUUGUUGUUACUGGUUAAUGGGGCUUUAAAUAAAGCUAUUUUCCCCUCCUUUUUUUCCAGAGAUGAGUCUGUGCCAGCAAGCACUACAUCCUACUCUGAAUGGAAAAAAAACCCUUCUACUCUGUACUUAGUGUUAUACCUGUACUAAUUCCCAUGCCAAAAUCUCUCUAGAUUUUUGAUGUUUUCAGACACUGGCGUGUUUUGGACUAGAGGGAAAAUCUAAGCUACUAAGCAUUUGUGUAACUCACUCUCUGUAAGUGUAUUUGUCCGAUUCUAUAAAUGUUCAAUAUUACAGUA